AUGGAUUUGUCGCACGAUGACUCCCCCGAAGCCGAGCUCCCAUCUUGCAGUGGCUGCCGGAAACGGAAACUCAAGUGUUCCAGGCAGAGACCAGCUUGUUCCAAUUGUGAGCGAUUGGGCGCACCUUGUGUUUACGAAAACCGUCGGACGAAGCCAGGCUUGAAAGGCGGCGCUGUCGAGAGUCUCAAUCAGCGAUUAGCAAAGGUCGAGAAAGCAUUGUUCGGCUCAGCACUUGAGGAGGGCACACGAGACUCUGAAGGCACAAAUUGCCAUCUCUCGGCCGAUAGAACAAGUAGUAGCAGCUCAGCGCCUCUGGAAGCAAUCCUUUCUACGCUCGCUGGUGAGUUACAAAAGCUGAAUAAAAACAUUGAGCCGACUCGCAAAAGACAAUAUGAAUAUGACCCAUACAGAAAGGUCCACGCAUUAUUCAAGAGACAAAGGCGAGAUAUUGCCCAAGAGCAACACCAAUCCAGUAAUGGAGAUAUUACCCAUCAACGAACUCGCCAAGCCUCGGUUUGCAGGAUCGACAUUGUCCAGGACCAUUUGGACAAACUACUUGAGGCACACUUUGAUAAUAUCCAGCCAUGGAUCCCAAUGGUAAUCAUGAGAGGGUUUCAUGAAAGUAUUCAGAGAGAUACUGAGCAACAGAUGACGAUUGUGCUCGAGGCAAUGAUGAUAGCCUCUCUGCGCUAUGUCGAGAUCAAUGACAAACCACUGGAUGACACUUUUAUCAGUAGCGAGACGUCAAGACUGCGAACGAGUGUGAUGAUGGGUGCGAUGGAGGGUCUAAGGACAGAGAACUUGCAAGCACUCAUUAUGAUUGCAUUUACGGAGAUCGGAAAUGGCAACUUGGAAAAAGCCUGGCCCAUUGUUGGGACUCUGACAAGAACAGUCGAAUACACGGGACUAUCCGUUGAAUCUGAAGUGCAUGAACGCAAGAGAGGACUAUUAUCAGAUAGCUCAUCGCUACCGGAGCCACGAGACUGGCUGGAGGAAGAGGAACGAAGACGGAUUUUCUGGAACAUCUUCAUCCUUGAUAGAAUCUCAUCUAUCAUCAAGGGGUGGAAUCCAGGCAUUAAUUCAGGGGAUGUUCGUCGAAGACUGCCUAUAUGCGGCGGAAGUUGGUUCCAUAACGAGCCAGCUGUCACACCCUACUUUGGGAAUUGGGACCAACCUGCAGCACAUGACAGUCACGGUACGAGUCCUUGUUACUCUGUAGGAAGCAUUGCUGGUGGUGCAGAGCGACCAGCGAGUACUUAUAGCAUUCGAACCGGCGACAAGGCAACUGGUGAUAUAUCCAAGAUUGGCGCUUUAGCUUAUUACAUCCAGUCGAUCGAUUCACUUUGCCAGAUAUCGAAGACCUUCCUGCAGCCUACUGUGGACUUCACCAAUAGACAGGAGGUUUCUCUUUGGUUGACCAAGUUCAAAGAACUCGAUCUCCGUUUAGUACAUUGGAAGAUGUACUUGCCCCAACAAUGGAAAGACUCGGGCGUAUCGCGUAAGAUAAUGCCUGGCAUAAUGGACCCCAGCAUGACACUAGCCAAUGCGACGCACAACACGUCUGUCAUCCUCCUCCACGAGCGUAUUGCAUACCCGGACUCUGAACUUCUGGGCUUGAAUAUACCCAGUCAGUUCAGCGCUCAGAAUUGCCUCAGUGCCGCAAUUGAGACAGCGAAUAUCACGACCAAGUACCUCGGAGGAUCCCCAUCAGCUCGUCCUGUGCCACCACAAAUGGGAAUAUGCGCUUUCGUCAGUGCCAGAACUCUGCUAGUUCACUCUCAAUACUACACUACUCCUUUGUCAAAGGAAUUCCAGAACCUGAUGGAUAACUUGACAGAUAUGUCUAAUCGAUGGGCUGGGCUUGAACAGGCAGAUCAAACAAACAAAGCUCCCAACUUCUUUGACCAACUAUUCCACAGCCUGCAAAGUCAACACCAACAUUCCCAGAGAGCAGCUACAGGCCAAAGAAUACCAGGCUCGGUCUCAGCACUUGAAGUUGAAGGUCCUGUCUUCAGUUCGAGGCUCAACACUUCCGGAGCCGCCCGAAACAGUCACGCCCCCACCAACACAAAUAUGCCACCGACCGUCAAUGACUUGACACCCGGAGCGCAUUAUCCAGAUCAACUAAGCAACGACCAGUGGCAUGUCGACUCGCAAUCCCCAACUACAAUCUCAAGGGAUGACUUGUUCACAAUAUCUCAAACUUUGAUGAACAAUGACUUUCUUGAGCUGGAUCGUAUUAUCAGCUUUGAGGAUAUGAUGGCCGUUGGGAGUAUGUCACAGUAUUAUGGCACCAAUAGCUAG